CCGGGGGGCCGGGCCGGGGGGGGGCAGAGUCCGCCUCCGAGCCUUCAAAUGGGGAGCCCCCCGGAUGCUCCAGCAGACCCGAGGCGGUGCUACAGACCCGCGGGGGAGUGGUCAGCGGGCAGGGAGCCGGGCGCGCGGGCACAAAAGCACCAGGACCUGCGCAGGGCGCCGAGCCGCACCCGGGAGGCCCCGGGGCCGUCGGGCGCACAUCUGGCCUCCAGCCAUGGGGUCAGCAGCGUUGGAGAUCCUGGGCCUUGUUCUGUGCCUGGUGGGCUGGGUGGGCCUGAUCCUGGCGUGCGGGCUGCCCAUGUGGCAGGUGACCGCCUUCCUGGACCACAACAUCGUGACGGCGCAGACCACCUGGAAGGGGCUGUGGAUGUCCUGCGUGGUGCAGAGCACGGGGCACAUGCAGUGCAAGGUGUACGAGUCGGUGCUGGCGCUGAGUGCCGAGGUGCAGGCGGCGCGGGCGCUCACCGUGGGCGCAGUGCUUCUGGCGCUGGUCGCGCUCUUCGUGACCCUGGCGGGCGCGCAGUGCACCACCUGCGUGGCUCCGGGCCCGGGCAAGGCGCGCGUGGCCCUCACGGGUGGCGCGCUCUACGCGCUCUGCGGGCUGCUGGCUCUCGUGCCGCUCUGCUGGUUUGCCAACAUCGUCGUCCGCGAGUUCUACGACCCGACCGUGCCUGUGUCGCAGAAGUACGAGCUGGGCGCGGCGCUGUACAUUGGCUGG